AUGGAGCGGUCGCGCCCCCUCGCUAUAGAUCGAACCCCUGCAGAGACACAGAGAGCCCAACGCGGUAAGGGCCGCGGCUGCGUCAGGAAGAAGAGAAGCAGAGACGGCGAUGGCGAGAUUGGUGGCGCCGGCAAGAAAUGCCGGGUUGACGAGGACUAUGGCGAUGGCGAGAUCGGCGCCGGCAAGAGAUGCCGGUUUGGCAAGGACUACAACGAUGGCGAGACCGGCGACGGCAGGGGAGAUUACAACACAAACGGCGACGAGAAUGACAACAACGGCGACUCCACUAGUGACGGUGAGGAUUCGAUCUACUACUACAGCGACGAUGACGAGGAGACGGAGGCCUUCGGUGCCAAGGCAAUCGAACCCGCCGAGCAGAGGUACAUCGUUCUGAGCCAGGACGCUAUCAGCGCGCGGCAGGAAGCGGACAUCGCCGAGGUCGCCGAGGUGCUGUCUGUCCCGCCGGGCUUCGCCGCAGUCCUGCUGCGGCACUACAAGUGGCGAGCGAUGCGGGUCCAGGAGGAAUGGUUCUCCGACGACCGGCGCAUCCGCCACGCCGUCGGCCUGCCGGCGGACGGCAGCGUCCUCGUGCCCACGGCGCUCAGCCGCAGGCCCCUCGUCUGCGCCAUCUGCUUCGGAAGCUUCCCCGCCGGCGGGACGAGGCCCGCGGCGUGCUCCACCCACUUCUACUGCGACGCGUGCUGGCGCGGGUACAUCCGCGCGGCCGUGGAAGACGGCCCGCGGUGCCUGUCGCUGCGGUGCCCGGACCCGUCCGGCUCGGCGGCCGUGGUGCGAGAGCUGGUCGACGAGGUGGCCGCCGCCGAGGACAGGAUCCGGUACGCGCGGUUCGCGCUGUGGUCGUUCGUGGACGAGAGCGGCGGCAGGGUCAAGUGGUGCCCGGGACGCGGCUUUUCGCGCGCCGUGGAGUUCGUCGGCUGCGCUGGCGACGCGACGGACGUGUUCUGCGAGUGCACGCACGGAUUCUGCUGGAUGGAGCUGCGGCGAGGAGGCGCACCGGCCGGUGUCGUGCGACACGGUGCGCGCGUGGCUGGCCAAGAACGUCUCCAACUCGGAGACGGCCAACUGGGUGCUGACCCACACCAAGCUCUGCCCUAA